GUGUUCAAUCAUUUGAGAUUAUAGAGGCAACGCUAAAAAUGAAGAAAGAUAGACCGAAUUUGGGUGUUACAUUUUAUGAUUUACUAACAAUUUCUGGACAUUAUUCAUUAAAUAUUAUUUCUUUUUCUUCUUGUCAAAAUGUUUCCCUAGUGUACAACCUAUUUGGAUGGAGCUACUGGUGAGAGGGGUGGCGUUGCUUAGAGGAGCUUAGGGGGAGCUUAGAGCGGGGGAGUGGUGGAGGGAGGUGGUGGAGGAGGAGUGAGUAUGGUCACAAUGAGCUCAGAAAAGGCUGCCGCCCGGCGCAAGCAGGACUCGUCGUCCAACAAUGGCGGCCAUAAUAUCACACAACAGCAACAGAAUCAGCCGCACACCCCCAAUUCCGACGAUACGCCUAAUCAUCUUGUCUAUAAAAAGAUGGAACAUAUUGUUGAGAAAAUGCAGGAUGAAUCGACUGGAGUUCCUGUGCGAACUGUGAAAAGUUUCAUGUCCAAAAUUCCUUCGGUUUUCACAGGUUCAGAUCUCAUUUUAUGGAUGACAAAGAACUUGGAUAUUGAGGAUCAAUCUGAAGCUCUUCACUUAGGUCAUCUUAUGGCAGCUCAUGGCUACUUCUUCCCCAUAGAUGACCAUAUGCUCACUGUAAAAAAUGACAAUACCUUCUACAGAUUCCAGACACCCUACUUUUGGCCAUCCAAUAGCUGGGAACCAGAAAAUACUGAUUAUGCCGUCUACCUGUGCAAACGCACAAUGCAGAACAAAACUAGGCUUGAGUUGGCCGACUACGAGGCCGAGAGUCUGGCGCGGCUGCAGAAGAUGUUCUCGCGCAAGUGGGAGUUCAUCUUCAUGCAAGCCGAGGCGCAGAGCAAGGUCGACAAGAAACGCGAUAAGCUCGAGCGCAAAGUGCUUGACAGUCAGGAGCGCGCCUUCUGGGAUGUGCAUCGACCCAUGCCGGGCUGUGUGAACACAACCGAGCUGGACAUCAAGAAGGCGUGUCGCAUGAACAAGCCGCUGAGGGGCGGAGGCGGGGGCGGCGGCGAGGGCAGCAGUGGAGGGGGACAUGUGACGGGGGGCAGUGCCGCCUCCAAUCAGGACACGGUCGCCACCAUUGAGGCGCUCAAAAAGGACAUAAACGGCUUGAAGCAACGACUGGAUCGGCGAAACUUCAAAGUGUCCAAAGUUGCUGAAUCGUAUUUAGCAUACUUUGAGCAGUAUGUAGAAUAUGAUCCAUUCUUCACACCACCUGAGAUAUCGAAUCCAUGGGUGACUGACAAUCCUGAUUUAUGGGAACAGGAGAGAACGGCGAAAGAGAUUUCGGCGAGACGAGUGAAACGCUGGGCGUUCAGUUUGCAAGAGCUGCUGGCUGAUCCCGUGGGACGAGAACACUUUGUCAAGUUUCUUGACAAGGAGUUUAGCGGCGAAAAUCUAAAGUUCUGGGAGUCGGUGCAAGAGCUGAAGGCUCUGCCACAACGGGAGGUGCAGGAGCGCGUGGCCGAGAUCUGGGCGGAAUACCUGGCAGCCGACGCCAGCUGCCCUGUCAACGUGGACUCGCACUCGCAUGAGCUCACCAAGCGCAACAUGACGCAUCCCGAUCGGUGGAGUUUCGACACUGCUGCCGCGCACGUCUAUCAUCUAAUGAAGAGCGACAGUUACUCGAGAUACUUGCGAUCUGAAAUGUAUAAAGACUUCCUCAAUGGAUCAAAGAAAAAGUCUUCAAUGAAAGGAAUACGUUCAAUUGUAUCUUUCUCAACACGUAAGGACACUCCAGCGACGUAGACACAAUCAGCUGCUCUCUCACUCUAUCAGUGGACUGUGGACGAAACUUACAAAGCGGACAAUCCAAGUAAAUCCACAACCAGGCAUGUGAUCUCACUCAAUUCUCUCUCCGAAACAAAAGAUUGAGGAAAAUAUUUUUUCGCAUUUUAUCAAAACGUAUAUAAUAAUUAUUGUGUAGUUAGGCUGUGUACACUUAAUGGUGAUUUUCAAAUAUUUCCAAUUUUAUGCCAAGGCAAUGUCGUGCCAUAAAUAUCAUGAUGUCAAAUGGGUGAUCUUAUUAUAACUCAUUGCGACAUCUCACGAUGUUUGUAGUGUGUGACAAAGUUUGUGAUGAUCUUUCAAAAACUAUUCGAACUCUUGGCCAAGUUGUAGUGGGCAGAAAUCGUUGUUAAUAUUUUACUGUGAAAAAUAUUUGUACAGUAAGCAUUCAAAUCAUACACCUGCGGUUUUAACCAAUCCAAAUGUAUACGGUAGUUACUGUAUUGAGCUCUGUUCAAUUUUUGUUAUCAAAUUGUUUAAAAUCCGAAAUAAUUAAUUCCGAUUUUUUAUCGUCGUGGUUUCAGACUUUAUACGUUUGACUCGUCAUUUAAUAACAUUUGUAUCUUCUGUUGGUCGAUCUAUGAAUAUUAUAUAUAUCAAUGGAGAAAAUUAUUUAUAUAUAAUUCAGUUGAGGAGUAACAGUCUAUUGAUAAAGAUUCAUAUUUUAACCAGUUCAAACUCGAAUGUAGAUUAUAUUACUUGUCAGUGAAAAUAUACUACAAAUAAUAUGUAACAACUGUUUUACAUUGA